AUGUUUUCCCCACCUGUUAAUAGUGGGAAAACCAGACCAACGACACUGGGAAGCAGUCAGUUCAGUGGAUCAGGUGGUGAUUCAAAUUGGUGGUUUGGUACAGUGAUACCCCAGGAUCCCACAGCACGGUUUGAAGAAUUCAUCAUCUAAAGCACUUCAGUGUAUAUUUCUCACCCCUUCACUUGUUCCCAUAUUAUCAAAAAUCCCUGGGACCAAAAAGAGGUAUGGAUGAACGUGGUGGCACGACAUCUUGGGGAACAAGUGGUCAACCAAGCCCCUCCUAUGACUCAUCUAGAGGUUUUACAGACAGCCCUCAUUACAGUGAUCAUUUGAAUGACAGUCGAUUAGGGGCCCAUGAAGGCUUGUCCCCAACACCUUUCAUGAACUCAAAUCUGAUGGGAAAAACAUCAGAAAGAGGCUCAUUUUCCUUGUACAGCAGAGAUACCGGAUUACCAGGCUGUCAAUCUGCUCUUCUGAGACAAGAUCUGGGGCUUGGGAGCCCAGCCCAACUAUCUUCUUCAGGAAAACCGGGAACCCCAUACUACUCAUUCUCUACCACAAGUUCCAGGAGAAGACCCCUCCAUGACUCUGCAGCACUUGAUCCAUUGCAAGCAAAGAAAGUGAGAAAGGUCCCUCCUGGUCUACCUUCUUCUGUAUAUGCACCAUCCCCAAAUUCAGAUGAUUUCAACCGUGAAUCUCCUAGUUACCCAUCUCCUAAGCCACCGACCAGUAUGUUUGCUAGCACUUUCUUUAUGCAAGAUGGGACCCACAAUUCUUCUGACCUUUGGAGUUCAUCAAAUGGGAUGAGCCAGCCUGGUUUUGGUGGGAUUCUGGGGACCUCUACUUCCCACAUGUCUCAGUCCAGUAGUUACGGCAGCCUUCACUCCCAUGACCGCUUGAGUUACCCUCCUCACUCAGUCUCGCCAACAGACAUGAGCACAAGUCUUCCCCCAAUGUCCAGCUUCCACCGUGGCGGCACCAGCAGCUCCCCGUACGUUGCCACCUCCCACACUCCUCCUGUCAAUGGAUCAGACAGCAUUCUGGGAACCAGAGGGAAUGCUGCUGGAAGCUCGCAGACAGGUGAUGCACUUGGAAAGGCGUUGGCGUCUAUUUAUUCUCCUGACCAUACAAGCAGUAGUUUUCCAUCAAACCCAUCAACACCAGUUGGAUCACCUUCACCUCUGACAGGUACCACUCAGUGGCCGAGACCAGGAGGACAGGCUCCUUCAUCCCCAAACUAUGAGAACUCGCUCCACUCCCUGAAAAAUCGAGUUGAACAGCAACUUCACGAGCAUUUGCAAGAUGCAAUGUCCUUCUUAAAGGAUGUCUGUGAGCAGUCUCGCAUGGAGGAUCGUUUGGACAGACUAGAUGAUGCGAUCCAUGUGUUGCGGAAUCACGCUGUGGGACCUUCCACCAGUUUACCUGCUGGUCACAGUGAUAUUCACAGUUUAUUGGGACCAUCCCAUACUGCACCAGUUGGAAGCCUCAGUUCAAACUAUGGAGGAUCAAGCCUUGUUACAAACAAUCGAUCGGCUUCAAUGGUUGGAGCUCAUCGGGAAGAUUCUGUUAGUCUCAAUGGCAAUCAUUCAGUCCUGUCUAGUACCGUCGCUGCUUCAAGCACAGACCUGAACCAUAAAACACAAGAAAACUAUAGAGGUGGCUUGCAAAGUCAGACUGGAGCUGUCAUUCCAACAGAAAUCAAGACCGAAAACAAAGAGAAAGAUGAGAACCUUCAUGAACAUCCUUCAUCAGAUGACAUGAAAUCAGAUGAUGAAUCCUCCCAGAAAGAUAUCAAGGUCUCAUCUAGAGGCAGAACAAGUAGUACUAAUGAAGAUGAGGAUCUGAAUCCAGAACAGAAAAUAGAAAGGGAGAAGGAAAGGCGAAUGGCUAACAAUGCCAGGGAACGCUUGCGCGUGCGGGACAUUAACGAGGCGUUCAAAGAGCUUGGCCGGAUGUGUCAGCUUCACUUGAAGAGUGAAAAGCCCCAGACAAAACUCCUUAUUCUUCACCAGGCCGUGGCCGUGAUCCUUAGCUUAGAACAGCAAGUCAGAGAGAGGAAUCUUAACCCCAAAGCAGCCUGCCUUAAGAGAAGGGAAGAAGAAAAAGUCUCUGCCGUAUCGGCAGAGCCACCAACCACGCUGCCAGGAGCCCAUCCUGGGCUUAGUGAAGCUACCAACCCUAUGGGUCAUGUGUAAACGUCAGCCAGUUCCAGUUAUCAGUAGGCUAGACAGAAGGUGACCUCUCCUCAAAAAGACUUGGACAACUCAGAUUAUCUGAAGACACAAACCUGACAGGAGGGAGAAGAAAAAACAAAACACUUGAAGCAAGAAACUCAAAUGUACCUAUGAUCAAAGCAAUUGGUCAACACUUCCAUCAGAAGUGAAGAUAGGAAGCUCACCAGAUAGAGCGUCAGCCCGUGAGAUGUUUGCAGCCUGUCAUUUUGUUGCAAGCAGUGUGUCGCUUCUGCACAAUCAGAGACUGUCUUGAUCUCUCCACUCACCGUGGAAGUUGCCUUGUGCCUAAACUGAAUUGACAAAUGCAUUGUAACUACAAAUUUUAUUUAUUUCUGUGGAACUGUAAGGUCUACAUAUAAAGGGAAAAGGUUGAUGAGGAAAGCUGAGGUACGUUCAGCUGACGCCAGCAUUUGUUAAAGCUGUUCCCAUGCAGAGAACAAAACGGUGACAACCAUUGGCCCUUAGCGUUCCCAGCACAUCUGUGAGUGUCUUAAAAAGGAAGGGAAAAGUCCUUCGUUGCCCUCUCCUCUCCUUUUUGCCAUAUGAAUAGUGUUCUCCAUGAAAUAGGAAAAUAUUACUUGGUAUAGCAUUUUCUCGCUCGGAUUUUUCAUUCAUCUUUAUUUUCUCUUUGCGGGUAUUAUAUUUGGUCUCUGAAUCUGACUGGUUAUGGUCACAGUCCAGAAUCAUCCGUGUGGCCUCAUGUGCCUUGCACAUGUACCCAUGUGGUGAGCAGAGACCAUCUGUGACCACAGCCUAGCUAAGAUUUUAAAAGGGAAACUUUUCCCUAGGUUUUCCCCCAAAUAAACACUGCUUUAUUUCUAACAACUCCAAGAGUUCUCAGCCCUCUAGGUUUCAUACUAAAGCUUGUAAUAACGAGAAGUGUAAAUUACAAGGGAAGGAUUUACUUUUUAUAAAUUGCUUUGUCUCCCAAGCAGUAAGCACUACAUAAUAUAGUACUUGUAAAGUGUCAGCUGUAAGUAAAAACAAAUUUCAUUUAAAAUACAAGAUGAUUUUUCAGGAUAUGAUUAUGGUGAAUAAAGCAAGACCCGACAGUCACCAAAGGUAGUGUGACAAACAGACGCACUGCUGUGAGCUCAUUGCCUGAGGGAGUCCAGGAACAUUGGUCAAAGGUCUCCUCCUUACCUUUCUUCUCCGGCCUUUGGGUGGUCAGGGGAGAAUCUGGUGGGUGAUUUCAUCCACUGCAUGCCAUCAGACCCUACGCCAAGGUGAGCCAGGUCAGCAGUGAGCCAGUACUUGUCACUUCAUCGUAACCCUGUGCGUUAGGCACCACUCUAACCCUUCAGACAUAAGAAUGACUUUAACUUCCAUGAAAUCUGUCUUCCACCACAACAAACCUGGGAGAGAAAUACAUGCUAAACAAGGUUGUCUGGCUUAGUAAUUCUCAGAGCCAACAUCAGCAAGGGCAAUCAGCACACAGAAGAAAGAACCCAAAUCACUAUGUAACUUAAAGAUUUCUAUUCAUUUGAAAGAACAAAAACAAUUAAGGCAGAACUUCAGAUCCUCCAAUCAGGAUGAUUUCCUAACAGAUCAGCUGUUUGUGAACUUAGUGGACUUUUGGUUACCUUAAUUUGCAUAUAUUCUCCAAUUACAUCAGACUCUAUCUGUGGCCUUGUUCUUCAUUUCAGUGUUAAUCGGCUAAACGAAGUUGUUGCUUAUGAUGUGUGAGUGAACAUACAGUACUGCCUGGCCUUUUUCUUCGGAGCUUGUUGUCUUUUUCGCUAUAUUAGACUUUGCAGUAUGCCCAGAAGCUUUCCUUCAUAAAAUAGAAAGAAAAAAACAUUUGGCUUAUUUUUCACUGUAGUUAGUCUUUUAUACAAUAAUCUUGUAAGAAAAUUUCUUGAAUUCUAAAUAUUACUCUUUCUAGAUUUUUGAAAUCGAAAGUUUUCAGUAAAAAGUUUCUUACUUUAUUUUAUUAUAUUAGGUAGUAAAAAUGUAGGGUUAUUACCAUAACCUGUUCAUUAAUAUCAGAAAUUUACAAUAGCAUUUUAAGACCAUAGUAGGAUUCUAGCAUACCGUGUAGUACCUAUGGAGUAUUCUAAGAGCUAACGUUCGAGAUGAAUUGCUUCUCAUCUUGUUCUCCAGUUUCCAUUGUUGAUUUAUUGCAGAUUUGUAUCCUGUGUCAAAUGCAAGGUAUUAUUGAUAAACUUUUCAACCAGCAGCAAGAAGUUCAAAUUUUUUUCUGUCACUGUAACAGAGAACACAAUAUGUAUAUAACAUUUAUGUAGCAAUAAAUGUGCCAUCUUUUUUUUUUUAACAUAGUAAACUAGUGAGUUUUUUACAUUCCUUCUUCCAGUCUCACUCCUCCGGGACAGGCUCUGCUGCAGGACAGGUGGGCAGUGGGGCUGGGGGCGGUGCCAGCCUGGGCUUCUCCAGGUGGCAGGACCCUCGUCCUGCCCACCACAGGUGUGCUCCUGAGGCCCCUCGCUGAAGGCUGAGCAAGGAGCCCUGAGGACCAGGCCUCCAGGCCCUGGCCCAGCGCUUCUCUUGGUGAAUUUGAAACACACCAUUCACAUUGGGAGCCCAGCAAAUCAUUUUACUUCUUACGGAUUUUAGUGAAAAUAAACUUUUUAGUUUAGUUUGUACAGAGUGACUAAAUAAAAAGUUCUGUCCAAGAAGAAAAUACGUUAGUACUGAAAUGAAAUCUAGAGAACAUCUCAUCAGCCACUCAUUAAUAGAUAUAUAAAAACUAUGGCUCAGGGUGUAUGUCUCCAGAAAUACGUAGUUAGAGCAGAUGGGGACACCUAAAAUCCUUCCUCCAAAGCCUUCCUGCCUUCGCUUCGCUUUACAGAUUUCUAGGCCAGUUCUGUUCAGUGGCUUCAUUUCUCUGUUUUCAUUCUGUUUUCUCUAGUACACAGACUUUUCCAGUUUUGAAACUCAGACUUUAAAUAAGUGUCACAAGAGGUGUGUGUGUCUGUGUGUGUCUCUGUUUCUGUGAGAACCUAAAGGGUUUUAGCUUUGGCAUCAAGCAGUCUUUGGAUUAAAUUCAAGCUUAACAUCUAAUUAACUCCAUUUCCUUCUUUGAAAAAUGGAGAUACAUGUAAGGAUUAUAUAAGCAUCAAAUGAAACAAUGUAUGGAAAACUUACCAGCAUUACUGUCACAUGGUAAUUACUCAAUAAAUGAUAAAUAUUUUUAAAUAAAUAGAUUAUAACCA